AUGAAACCAUCACCAACCAAGUUUUAUCUUCCAAAUAACGCUUUGCAUCCUAUACGAGCCUUGGAUACCUCGCAAAGGUUAUCAUACAAAGAAAGGCAUACGGCCGCCAUUGCAUCUGAGGGGUCAACUGAAGUUAUCGCUGAUCAUGAAGAACAGGGGAAUAAUAAAUCAAAAGUCGAUAAAAACGGCGCCACCAAGCAAUUGUCCAUAAAUCACCAAUUUUACGUUAAUCCCAUCACAUAUUCACAAACCGCAAAACAACAGAUUCUUACUUGGGCAUCUGUUCGAAGUCUCUUCUCUGAAGGAGUACCUUCAUUAAGGCCGUAUCUGGUAAUCUGCGAGAUACAAAAGAUUGCAUUGGAAGGAACUAAGGAACACCGCUCCGCUGACAAAGUAUUUACAAUAUUUAUGUUGCAAUUCAUUUAUUCUAACUUUUAUAGUAACCGGAGAUUAUUUGAAAAUCUAGCGGAUCACGUGUUAACACAGCAUACACAUGGUCAUCAUCGGUUCAAUGGUCUGCCACUAUUUCUGAUGCUCAAUUCAAUUCCAAAAUUUACGCUCAACAACGGAGUCAAGAUUCCGUCGUUAGGGUUGGGCACCUAUCAGAUACGCAAACCAGAAGCCAUUGACCUUGCCGUUAGAAGCGCCGUCGCUUCUGGUUAUCGACUCAUCGAUUCUGCAAUUGGAUACCGAAAUGAAGACUUAAUAGGAAAGACUGUAAAUGAAUUGAUUCAAGAUAGCUCUUUGGGUCUAACGAGAGAAGAUUUCUUCAUUACAAGCAAGCUCGGUCCGAAAGACCAGGGUUAUGAUAAUUGCCUCAAAGCAUUCUCGGGUUCGAUCAAACGAUUUGGCACGGAUUACCUUGACCUAUUUCUGAUACACUGGCCUGGCACUCAAAAAUUCCAGCCCACGGACCCCCAAAACGCGGAAAGUCGCAAAGGCAGUUGGAAAGCUAUGGAGGAGUUGUACAAAGAGGGAAAAAUUCGGGCCAUCGGAGUCAGCAACUAUACUCUGAAACAUCUCACCGAGUUAUUAUCUUACUGCACCGUGCCGCCGACUGUGAUGCAAUUUGAAUUACAUCCUUUACUAUACCAAAAAGACCUUAUUGAUUUCUGUAAACAGAACAACAUUCAUAUACAAGCUUAUUCAAGUCUGGGAGAAGGAGAGCUGGUCAGCGGAGAAAUCAUCCCUGUGAUUAGUCAAAUUGCCAAAACUCACAAGGUCACCCCCGCUCAGGUAUUAUUGAGAUGGGGGUAUCAACAUGAUGCUAUUUUGAUACCUAAAUCUGUUACACCAGAAAGGAUUAAGGAGAAUGCAAAUAUUUUUCAUUUUGAAUUAUCUCAAGAGGUAUGA